AUGCAGAAAGUAAUAAGGCGUUCAGUUCUUGCCACUAACCAGGCCAAACGAAAGGCGCGGAUCGAGGCCUCUAAAAACCGCCACGAAGAGUUGCAGUCCAUUCUUCGCGAGAAAACUGCGCUUCAACGGAGUCUGCUCGAUGAAGCGUUGGAGGAGCGGAGGAACCGGCGGGACGAUUGGAUGCGUGGCCCGUUAGCGCCAAAAAGAGACGUUGGAAAGCGCAGUGGGUUAUAUGGCACAAUCUCGACUACAAGGCUCCGGAUGCCUAAAAUUCUUCCGGAAGCCAGGACGAAAUACAUCACGAUUGCGGCCGGGGAUCGAGUGUGUCUGGUGAGAGGCGCAGACAAGGGCAAAAUUGGAAAAGUACUGAACGUCGAUUCUGAGACUGAGACUGUUGCGGUUGAGGGUAUCAAUAUUUAUGACGUGGAGUUCCCCCGGUUCGCAUUGAGCGGGGAUACCGACAAGCGGCCAUUCAGACCAUAUCCUGUGCCUGUUCCGAUUAGCGAUGUGCGACUUGUUGUACCUCUCGAGGAUCCCUCCACUGGGAUUGUCAAAGACGUGGUGGUUAAGAACGCAUAUGGCGGUGGACCGUUCCUCGAUCGACCUUACGGGUCAACCACUCCCAGACACACCCGUUACAUCUCAGGGCUGGACGUUGAGAUCCCGUGGCCAGAAUCGGAGGCUCCCAAUCACACAGACGGGCCGAAUGAUACAUUACGCAUCGAAGUCGAAGCGAAAACAUAUGUUCCCUCGCUCCAAUCGUUCCCCAUGCCAGAAACCUUGAUAGACGAGCUAAGAAACAAAUUCUCCGCUUUCCGAACGCGUCAUGACCCUGAUUUUAUAGCGAAGAAGCAGGAGGAGGAUGCAUACCAAGCCUGGUUAAAGAGCAGAAAACUCCUGACGCCCAAAGCAGAGUAUAUCCAUAAGCAGCUGGAAGAAAAAGCCAAGCAGCGUGAGGAAGCAAAAGACGAAGACGGCAAUUAUGUGCUUUCUGGAGACACUGCCAGUUUCAUAGAAAAGUUCAUGGCGGCCAAGCUACAGGGCACAGCAACUAAUGCCUCUCCCUCUUCUGCUUGA